GCUUUAUCUCAAUAUUCAUCUUUAACAUGUGGCCUUCUAUACUGUUUUUUCUUUCGUAUUCAUCUAUUUCUUUGAGCUUUUUAUCGUAAUUCAUCUUCUUUUACUGUCUUUUUCCGGUGUGGCUGGCGUUGGUCUUUUCACUGACUACCGAUUUUUGUUCAAGCAGGGACCAUUUUUUCACGACGGAAUGAAAGAGUGGAGCUGCUGCAAGCAAAGAAGUCAUGAUUUCAGUUUGUUCUUGGAAAUUCCAGGAUGUAAAACAGGUAAACACACAACUGAGAAACCAGUUCUAGCCAAACCGGCUCCAAAAUAUCCUGUUGCGGCUCCUACUUCAUCUCCAGAUGCCAAUGCAGCAUCAAAAGACUCUUGCUCCAGAUGCCGGCAAGGCUUCUUCUGCUCGGACCAUGGCUCCCAACCGAAAGAACAGAUCAGGCAGACCCUAAACACACCUGUACAAGCAGAAGAAGAGAAGAUUGAAUCCUUAGCACCUCCAAUUAAAACGGUUGUUAUAGACAUUAAUCAACCGCAAGUCUGCAACAACAAAGGAUGUGGAAAAACAUUCAAAGAGAGAGACAACCACGAGACUGCUUGUAGCUAUCAUCCAGGUCCUCCGGUCUUCCACGACAGACUGAAAGGAUGGAAAUGCUGUGAUGUUCACGUGAAUGAGUUCGACGAGUUCAUGGAAAUACCUCCUUGCACUAAAGGUUGGCAUAGCAGCAGCCCCAAUCAGGCGGUCUGAUAUUUUUUUAUCCUGAGAUUUUGAAUACAAAGAUUAAUUAUGUCUUUUUAUGGAAUUGUACUUUAGAUUUUUUUUAGAACCUUUCAAUUGACAGAUAUAUGUAAUGGUUAAAUGCUCAUCUACUGUGUGUUGGAGAAAGUUUUGGAUCAUGAUUGUGGGUUUGAUUGUUAUUUUAAAAACUGUGACGAUCUUUAAAUAAUUUCACCAAUAUUAG